AUGUCUCGCAACUGUGCUCGUGUAUGUGUGCGGCACGUGGGUACCGGUCGUGCGGAGGUGCUCGACGAGGUCGACUUGACCGGCGAGCACGGUCUGGAGGCUCUGCGACAGCGGCUUGAGCAGGUGUUCGCUGUACCCGUUGCAUGUCAGCGUCUGCGGGCUGGCGUUCCACCGCGGUUAGUGGAGACUGCGGCGGAUAUUCAGCCCCUGGAUACGAUUCUGCUGGAAAGCACUGUGCCUGAGACGCCACACCAUCGACGAAGACCGAGCACGAACACGAACACUGCGUCCAGAAAUAGAAAGCGACCUGUUGGCACCCGGGGUGCGAAACAACUGGCAACGGAUGCAGCGAUUCAACCCGCUGAGGCGACUGCUGCACUGGGAACGCAACUCGUAAACGCGUUAUCGGGCUCAGCGGGGAGUGCUCGGGAAGCACAGGCGUUUCGCAGAGCGCUGCGUGAAGCGCGCACUGAACACGACCAGGAGGUACGAGCGGCGGAUCGGUACCGAGCGGCACUCGCACGCUCAUAUCACGUGGUACGCGAGGAGUCCGACCACGCUGACACUGGUGCUUCCGGGAAUGCGUCUCGCUUUUGGAUCGUGCAGUAUCCCAAGAUGGGCGCACGCACGGCAAUGCACGAAGACACCCAUGUGCGCAGUCUGCCUGUGGAUGUGCUGCGGGAAAUCAUUCGGGAGGUCUACGGCAUGCCUCCUGAACAUAGAGAGAAUUUGCGACCAGCGAAAAUGGCACAGGUGUCACCACUCGUGUUUUGGAACGUCGUCGAGUACUGGUGGCGUUUAGAUCAUGGUCAUCAACCGCGACUAGAAGAUGCCUUGUGCACGCUUCUGCCAACGCUGGACUGGCAGUGGUUGCGCACUCGGCGCCGUACGCCAAGUCAGAAACGUUUCCGCUCGCUUUGA